AUUUUGAAAUGAGAAGAUCUGGCCUCCCCACUACUGCGGAGUGUUUAUCUGAUCCACAACAUCCUCAGGCGAGUUACAAGCCUUCAUCAAAAUUGUAAAGCAUUCAUUAUGUGGUUAAUUCCAUGGUUGGGCAUGUCUCUGUUAGCCUGACUGCACUGCUUGCCUUUGGGACACAGUGUGUGUAUUCAGCCCUGCAGUGAAGGACCCACAGUAUAGCUGCUCCUCUGAGACUCGACCAAGUGUUGAGGUUUACUGAUGUGUGGAGCCAGACGGGAAGAUGACAUCAACUCUGGUCAUACUGAUUUUCUGCCAAUGUUUGUGCAGCUCAGGAUUCCCUGUGGUGUUUAAUCUCGGCCUGUUGGCAGAUCUGGCACAGAGAGCUUCUGAAGCUGAAGUGAACGCACGAUCUCUAUCCUCCUUCCUCUACAGGGCUACUAACACAGCUGUUCGGCGGAUCAGUCAGGUGGACUUUGAUACUUAUGACUUUAAUCUCAGCUUUAACAUGAGGAGAACGGACUGUCUCAAACACCUCACAGGAUCUCCAGACGGCUGUCUCUUCAGCCUCAGACAGUUUAAACCUGUUCACCUCUGCUCCAGCUAUGUGCGUGUUUCUGCUCAGUUCGUUUCUCCGCUGGAGGUCAGCUGUGAUCUGAGAGCUCUGAGCUCCAGCUCUGAGUCCAGUAGUGAGGAGAUGUUCCUUCGGGGGAUACCGCAGGCUGGAGGGAGGCUCCACACACCGGGGUUCAUCAUCUGUGAAGGAGCUCGCAGCUGCUCCAGACUGCUGCUGUGAUCAGCAGGAAAUCUCUGAGAAAAUGAAAGCAAGUAAUACAGACAGACCUUCCACCCUAUACAACAGGGGUUUAUAUCGUUUAUGAAGUUCAGUGAUGGAAGGGUUUUAAAAUUAAAGAAAGAUGUAAAAUUAAAUGAUGUUUUUUUUU